AUGGCCCCAGUCCACUUCUUCUCUCAUGGCUCGACGAUGAUGCUGGGUGAGGACAGUGCUUCGGCCCGAUAUUGGGAGAGGAUGGGUGAUCAGGCUGUGAGGAACGGCGUGGAACAUGUGAUUAUGAUGGGUGCACAUUGGGCCACCACUUUCGAUGGCGUCCUCAUCUCAGCCAACCCUCAUCCUGGCAAGAACCCAGUCGCCUUUGUCCACCCAUCCAAAUACGAGCAGUACAGGCUCAACCCAGACCUCGCCAUGGUCUCCACCAUCCAGUCUCACCUCUCCGCAGCAGGCAUCGCCUCCAAGCCCGACGAGACAUUUGACUGGAUCCACGACACGUAUCUCGUCCUGAUCCGCAUGUUUCCAAAGGGCUGCCCACCAACGACCAUCAUCUCGUCGCAGCACCGAUACGACCCGCACUUCCACAUGGCCGUAGGGGCGGCCCUGCGGCCCCUGCGUGACUGGGACAGCCACAAGGUCCUCUUCAUCGGGAGCGGCGGCGCCGUGCACAACCUGUACCGCAACGUUUGGACGCCCAUGCUGCGCUACAGGGACAACUUUGCCCAGCCCACGCCGCCCGAGGCCUGGGCCAUGGACUUUCGCCAGGAGGUAAUGGACGCUUUCGUCGCUGGUAACUCGGGCGUCGGCGGGCCGAGGCUGAGGAGAAAGAUGACGGCGCUGAUGAAGCAUCCCAAGUACAGAGAGGCGCAUGCUACGGAUGAUCAUUUCAUGUCGAGCAUCUUUGUGGCCGGGCUCUGUGGGGACAAGGACGAUGAGGGGAUGAGGGGGGAGUUGGGCGCCGAGGACUGGGAACUGACCAACAUGUGCAAUUCACAGUUUACGAUUGGGAGUUGGGAAGAUUGA